GCGCUACGCCGGUCCGCGGACUCUUGGCCAUGCUGUGCCGCGCGCUGCUCCUCCGCGCCGCCGGACACCGUCAGUCCUCACCGCUUCCCCUGCAGCAUCUCUUGGAUGGCUAUAGGUGCAGUCGGGAAGAUGAUCACCUCUCCUACGGAGAAAUUGGAAUGCCCGUCCCGCCCUUCGGCUGCAGCUUUUCUGCGGCCCCAAAUUUUGAGCACGUGUUGGCAGUUGCAAAUGAAGAAGGGUUUGUCAGACUGUAUGAUACUGAAGCUCAGAAUACCACCAAACUGAUCUCUAAGGAAUGGCAGGCUCACUCAAAUGCUGUGUUUGACCUCGCCUGGGUACCAGGAGAGCACAGGAUUGUCACUGCUUCAGGAGAUCAGACAGCCAAGGUGUGGGACGUGAGAGCUGGGGAGCUGCUUGGCAUAUGCAAAGGUCACCAGUGUAGCCUCAAGUCAGUUGCUUUUUCUAGGUUUGAGAAAGCUGUUUUCUGUACCGGAGGCAGAGAUGGAAACAUCAUGGUUUGGGACACCAGAUGCAACAAGAAAGAUGGAUUUUACAGGCAGGUGAAUCAAAUCAGCGGGGCACACAACGUGGUUGACAGGCAGACUCCUUCCAAGCUGAGGAAGAAGAGGCAGAACCUGAGAGGACUUGCUCCCUUGGUGGAUUUCCAGCAGAGUGUAACUGUGGUGCUGCUUCAAGAUGAGCAUACUCUUAUCUCUGCAGGAGCUGUUGAUGGUGUGAUCAAAGUGUGGGACUUGCGCAAGAACUAUGCUGCUUACCGUCAGGAUCCUGUGCCUUCCAAGUCUUUUUUCUAUCCUGGCACCAGCACUCGCAAGCUUGGAUAUUCUAGUCUGGUGUUGGAUUCCACUGGUGCUAAUCUGUUUGCUAACUGCACUGAUGACAGUAUCUACAUGUUCAACAUGGCGAGUUUAAAGACCUUUCCAGUGGCGGUUUUCAGCGGACACCAGAAUUCUACCUUUUACAUCAAAUCCAGUAUUAGUCCAGACGACCAGUUCCUGGUUAGUGGCUCAAGUGACUGCAACGCGUACAUCUGGAAGGUUUCUGAACCCAGCCUGCCUCCACGGAUCCUUGUUGGCCACUCUCAAGAGGUUACCUCCAUUGCUUGGUGUCCUUCAGACUUCACUAAGAUUGCCACAUGCUCUGAUGACAACACGGUAAGGAUCUGGCGCCUACAGCAUUAUCCUGAGGAGGAAAAAUCAGUGUCCAACAAAGCCAAGUUGGUGGGCUGGGUCACACAGAAGAAACCAGAGGAACAACGUGGAGCAGGACGAUCAGCCAGCCCCCAGAGUACUCCUGCCAAGGCCUUCUCAGUGGGCAGCCCAUGUGCUUCCUCACCACGUCCAGCUGCCUGUGCUCCCAGUUAUUCUGGAGACCUUCCUCUUUCUACAAACACUCCAACAGUCUCUCUCAAAACUCAAAUGGCCACAGCCUGCACACCAGCAAAGCUGAGUGGAGCCAGCCCACGUACUUCUCCCAAGCUGGUGCCUUCCUCCAAAAUGUCUAUUAAACACUGGAUUGCCAGGACUCCAUGCUCUUCCCCAGAAGUAGGGAAAAAGACGCCUUCUCCUAGAAAAGCCCUGGCAGAAGUCACACAAAGUCUCUUGGAAACAUCUAGCACUCCUAAAGCACAACACUCACAGGCUGAAAAGCGUGCCAAGAGAAGGCUGGACUGCAGCAAGGAAGAUGAAGCAGGGCAGAAGUGUCUGCAGGACUGUAGCUGUGUGACUGAACUGGACCAUGUGGCUAAGAAGUCCAAGCUAAAUUUAUGUCACUUGGCUGCAGGCCAAAGAGCUUGUGAUGAAGGCUCUCUAAGUCUGGCUGACUUGGAUAAUGAGCAUGAAGACUCGACCCACAGCCCAAAAGAGCUUUCUUUUCCUGGAAGCCUUGUAAAUCCAUCCGGCACUCAAACUCCCCCUCCUGUUUUACAGUCUCCCUGCGAGAGAGACUCAGACGUAGUAGAUAAAGAGAAUAGUUCACCAGAAAGAAAAAACUGGCUGUCUGCUCUGGGAGAGAAGCUACGGACUGGCAAAGCUGGCAGCCCCCCAUCGUCUUACACCUCCAGUGCAAAACGUCAAGAGGCUGCAGUAGUGACCACCUCACCGAAAACUGCUGUAAACACUUCAGUUUCCAUGAGGAAGAUCUGCACGUACUUCCACAGAAAGCCACAGAAUUGACUGAAGUAGUGUGCAGCUGUUGCACCUGAUGGAUGUUGGAUGUUGGCACUGUGGUAUUGAGACCAGAUUUAGCACAGCUGACAGAGCAAUAUGCCAGCAUUACACAGUUUGUUGUUGGACAUAGGUAAACUCUUCUGUUUUAAAGCCUAUUAACACUUGAAGUCAUCAGAGCAUGGAAAAUUAGUACUACUACUUUGUGCUGUAUGGCAUUUCCAGUUAGUCCUCUCCCGCAGCACCAACUACUCGAUUCCAGCAAGGAAGUUUUGAACGUAUAGAUGCAAAAGAAUUUUAAAUGCCCUUGUGUCCAUCUCUAUCCAAUGGCACAACUGGUAGUCUAAAAGAAGAGAGGGUAUAAUCGAGUACUUAAUGCCUUUACUCUUCUUGCCAUUGCUUUCUUUCUCAAAGGCUGAAAACUUCAGUACUUGCCAACAUAGUUGGCUUUUGGACCAUCAGCACUAGAGCUUUAGAGGCCAAUGGCUUGUCACUCCUCUGAAAUAAAAUAUUGGCGAGGUGUGUUACAAAAGUUAUUGCCAAACAGCAUUCCAUAACAACUGGUUGCUCAGUGACUCCUUACAGAUUCAGCCUGAAGCAAAGGCAUUAGUAACUGCUUAUAAAAUACCUUUAUGACACUUUUAUAAUACAGUAUUUAUUAAAGAAUAGCUUGUAAAUGGGGGGCCACUUCACAUUUUAGAAAGCACUUCACGAAGUUUACAGAUUAAUAUUUUACAUGCUUUGCCAUCUCUAAGUCAUCACUGGUACUGGUAGAACAAGAUCACUAGCUGAAAUAAGAUCACUGGCCUGCAGGCUAAUGAUAUUGACUCCAAAGUCAUUGUUUCCACAGGGGUAGCUGGUAGAAGAUCUGUAUCUUAAAUCUGAGCAUUUACUCUGUCUUUUGAUAUGAUGGUUUCUAUAAACUUAGAAAAAUAAAUAAAGAAAAGAUACAAUUCCAAUUAAGUGUUUAUACUGCAAAAGUGCUGAGGUAUUUAAAGGGGGUGUGUUCCAACUAACCCGUGUUUUCUGACUGAACUUUUCCCACCUACUUCACAGCACUGAAAAGUGCAGUGACUGAAAGGAUUUAGAUGCUGGUUUGUUUUACUUGCUGUGGAUUGUAUUUUGCAAGGAAAUAAAUGACAUGAAAGAAACUGGCUUUUGUAAAAGUUCUCUCACAGCUACAAAGCAGAAGUAAAUGGGUAAAAAAAACAAACACUAGUCAUCAUCAAGCUGCAGCUUUUAGUAGGAGCACUUGCUAUGUGUAAGGGCCAGAAAAACUUCCUCUUGUUUACUAAAUUACAAGCCAUCAUUGUAUGAGCUUUGAGAAGAUUUAUUAAGUUAAAAGAAAGCAGGACAGGGAGUGUAGUUCUUUGGACAUUUUUUUAUAGUUCUUAAUUUUAAAAAAAUUGUUUUUUAAACUGAUUAUCUGAAUAAAUAAUAACCUGAGUAAAACAAGAAUAAAAAAUGCUGUUAGUUUAAUAUUAACAUACUUUGUGUAGAUGGAAGUAACAACAAAGAAAUAUAAUAGAGGCAACCUAGGAGGUUAGCAAUUUAAUUCUGUCUUAAUUACAAUUAAUCAGAGAAACUUUUUAGCUUGCCUACAUCCAGUUUUCUGUGCAAGAUUUUUCUAUUCAGCUUGUAAAUAACACGCUGCAGAAUAAGCAGAUGUGGACCUUCUCAAAGUAUUUGAGUGUUUUGUCAGGCGUUUCAACAGCAAUAGGGCUUUAUGUUCUGCCAUACCUUUCACAAUAUUUUCCUCUGGCAGGAAAGUUCUACACCCAAAAUGUUACCUCUUGUAUAUUGUAAUCAGUUGCCUAGUGAUGAUUUACACUAAUGGCGUACCUCUUAAAUGAAUAAUCUUAACUGGGAAUGUGAGAUUUUUUCCUUUUAAAUAGUACCUAUUUAGUGGACCAAUUUGUUUUGUGGACCAUCAGCUGUAGUUUCUUUCACCUUAAGCUGAUGCCAGCCUGGUUGAGAGCCAAAAGAAGUAAAAUAAUUCAAGUUUACAUUCUUCUGUGUCAAAGUGCCUUGGUCUCAGUGUGAUAAAAUCAUGACUGCAGGAGCACAGAAGAAGAAUCACAUGUACAAAUCACAUUUCAAGUGAUUUAAGGUAAGCACUGCUCUCUUUCCCUGAGACACUUGUCAAACUAAGCACCAAGGGCUAUGAGCUGUUGUUUUGAGCUAGCAAGCCAUAUCUCUAAAUUAUCUUUCUGAAAGUUUGAUAAAAACUCUACUCCAUGGUUGAGAGGGAUCUCCCAAACCCUAUAAAUAUGUAGGUCUCAUCUUACGCAUCUUGCAGAUUUUUUCAUGCAGAUCAUACUGCUUACUGAUGUCUCUCUCUGCAGUGUUUACCUUCUAAUUGCCAAGUGUGAUUUGGGAAUGAUCACGACAUCUUCUGAUAGUACUGUUUUCAGCUAAACUGAGCAAUCACUUUAGUUUAUCAAGCAGUUUUAUAGUUUGACAGAGGCUUGAGUUAACCUGGCUUGGCAAAACUGAAGAGUUACCGCCAGGUUCUGUUGAGAUUAAUGGCCAGCUAUCUUUGGCAAGCAUUUCUUCCGUUACCAGAACCAAUUUCUUCUGUUAUCAGAAGAAUCCCAUGGGAAGGCCAUCUACAAAGAAAAAAAUAUUAAAUUGCCACAGUUCCCUAACUCAGUACCCAGUUAUGUCAAAAUCAUUGAGAGGACAGAAGUGAGAGUCUGGGGACACCAUUACUCACUCAAGAGGAUGGUGUCAUCAAACUGUUUUUUGAAAUACAGAAUUGGUAACUUUUUGUUAGCCAGGGAGUGCUGAAGACUUUUUUUGGCACAGUUGUUUCUGCAGCCAUUGACCACAGCUGACAUCUCCUGAAUUGUUCAUCUUAAUUUUGAGUGUUCAUAUGACUCUGCAAACAUCUAUAUGUGGUGUAUAACUUCUUUAGGAGCUUUGUUUGGAAAUAGAUUCUUUUCAGACAGUUUGCCAAAAGCAUGUUAGCUGGCUGGAGUGUCACCAUAUUCAAGGGUUUAAGUGUAGGCCUUGCAUCCAGAAUGUCCUAAAAAGACAUUCCUCAAGGUCAAGUAUCAAGGAUUUUUUUGUUAUCAAUGCUGAUUUGGUAGUAAAUGUAAACUGGACCAUCUUCGGGCCUAUUGCAGUCAAACUUCAUUCCUCCUUUCUGAAGCUGAUAAUUUUCCAAGUGAGUUGAAAAUAUCACACUUCAUUUCUGUAUGUUCUGUUAAUAAAACAGUUCAUCCACUG